AUGGGCCUCUCUCAAUCUUCGUCAUCAACGUCCACCACAACCUUUUCCUACGGACCGAGCUGCUUUCCCGAUGAUGUUUGCCUUCAUAUUUUAUCCUUUUUGCAGUUUGAAACGAUCAAGAAUUGUUUUCUUGUUUCCAAGCAAUGGAAUGUCAUGGCCCGACAAAUUCCUAUAUCUCUAAAUUUGGGUCGUCAAUCUUUGGAACGCACUCUGAAAUUAAUGUCAAAAUGUAAAGAUCAUGCCAUGAAUAUUACUUCAUUGAAUUUGAGUCAAAGAUCGAUUGAAAAAACGAGUGUGAUUGAGAAAGUUGUGCAAAGUGAAUUUGAAAGAAUUGAAUUUAAUUAUAAUUUGAGAGAUGGUGCAUUCAAAGUGAUUGCGUCAUCCACCAAAUUGAUUCAUUUGGAAAUUUUAAGUGCCAGUAAUUGUAACAUUUCGGAUGUUGGAAUGAAAGUAUUGUCUAAUAGUGCAAACAUGUCAAACCUGAGAGAAUUACGUUUGUAUGGAAAUAAUGUGAGUGCAGAGGGAGUACAAGCUCUUGCAAAUAGCAAGUUCAUGAGUCAUUUACAAGUUCUCGAUCUUGGUUAUUCAAGAAUUGGACCUCAAGCUGCACAUUAUCUCGCAAAUGGAAAUUCUAAACUUACCGAAUUACAAUUACUACUUGGGCAAAUUCAAGACAGUGGUGCCAUAGCCAUUGCGAAAAGUCCUCAGAUGUGCAAUUUAACAAUACUGAAUUUGGAAUCGAACUCGAUUGGUCAGGAAGGGACAUUGGCAUUGCUUGAGAAUGAACAUGCUCCGAAAUUGACAAGUUUAAAUCUUUCGUCUAAUAAGGUUGGGAAAUCUGGUGCCAUGCUAAUUGCUGCAAAUUUAUCGAAUUUGACUUGUUUAAAUUUGGGAUUUUCAGAAAUUGAGGAAGAAGGAGGCAUUGCCAUUGUCACAAGUCCACACAUGAACAAUUUGACGUUUCUCUCCUUGAGGAACAAUUCUCUUGGAGGAUUAUUUGCUUCAAAAUUGGCCUCCAAUAGUGCUCUUUUCUAA